UAAUGUUUUGAUUGUUUUUCUAGGAUAUGGAGCAAAUAUGGCAUAGCACUUCGAAAACUAGUGGAAGAGUAGUGCUGCUUGCAAUAUGGCUAUCGAUCAUUCCUUGGUUCUGUUCUGCUCAGUCUUGGAAGAAACUCGAUGAUGCGAGAUAUUCAGAUGGAAGUGAUGAUGUAUCCGUCGAAGAAUCUGUAAGCAAAAAUGCUUCUCUGUAUUUGGACCGGAGUGUUGUUGGUGAAGACUUUAACAUCGAGUUAAAUUUCUUCAGAUGGGGAACAUGUCAGAGGGCAGAUCUGAGUAAAUCUUUGAAAUGCUGUGAAACUGAUAUCAACACUGAUGAAGAUAGAAGAUACUACGCCUGCGAGGACAUCCCCGCGGACACGGCUUCCAAAUUCAUCCGGGUCAGGUUGGAGGUAGGCGACUUGCAGCGCUCCCUGAUGAGCCGCUACAAUCGCGAGGUGAACUCCCUGUUCAACGCGAGCGAGAACCCGGCCUGGGCGGAGGUCUCGCGGCGGCCGAUCGGGGAGCUCGGUGACGUCCCUUUCAGCUACUUCCUCGGGCGCCCCGUCGAGGGCCUCCUCCGCCGGGCGCUUAACCGCUCCCUCGAGGAGUCCCUGGACCCGGCCAACGACCGACGCAGGAUCGAGAAACGGCUCCAGGACUUGAGGCAAGCCGUCAACGCCGCCCUCAACCACACGCUCAACGACAUCGUCAACGAGUCCCUCGACUACGUCUUCCAGCUCGAUGACCAGGAUUUUGAUUAUGUCAGUGGCAGACAAUGGUUUCGCAUACGGAACCUCUCCUUGGAGAAUAUUUUUGAUUCAAUGUUGCAAGCGAAUGGAGCGAAUAUGACGGGGGUCGAGACGCUUUUACGGAUUGCGUGGAGACUUUUUCUCAAUCAACAACAAGAAUCUUUUGAGAAAUUCCUUUCUAACCCUGGGGAGGUAGUCGCAUGGAUUUUUAACACUUACAUGAAUCUUUUUGGCAACAACCGCACCGGUAUUUUCAACAGGGAAGCACUCAGAGGAUUCGUUCAGUAUUACACCGCAACUGAAAGUUAUCGUGUAACGAUACCUCUCUGUUACGCUCCAAUACCGGCGUCGUCCUUAUGCUGGAACAUUAACUUCAUGAUAAACACGAACAAGUGGACGGUGAGGAAAACUGUUAAUCUGGCAGCCGAGUCGAACCUGCUAGCUGCGGACCCCUUCGUCCUGGAACUUUUCGACAUGGACCUGAAUCUGACCGGUUUCAGAGAGCGCCGCCAAGAGGGUGUUUGCGCCAACGGGAGGAUCAGCAUGUUAGACAUGGACGGCUACCCAUUUCCAAAAUUUGAACUCGGAUGCCAUCCGGUCUUCUACCACCCCCUUCAGUACGUGGACCAAGUCCUGUGUCUCCUGUACGAACGAACCGUAACCUCCCGCAACUCGCUUCGGAACACCACCCUCGGCAAGGUGUGCAUAGACCCAAUCCAGGCAACGCUCAUGCACGAGCUCACGAGGAACUUCAUUCGCAUGACAGUGAGGAACAACAAUCUUCAACCGAGCUCGAACAAAGUCUGCAAGAACAUGGUCUACCAACUUCACACCCUCGGUGCGGGGACCCCAAGGGACGAGCUGAUGUCCCGCGCCAUCACCGAGAUGCUAUCCUACAGCAUCACGAACCUCCUCGGCGUCCGCUCCGACCGCCGCACCAUCCUCAACUUCGUGCGCCUCGCCAGAGCGGCCCCGAUUCUCAUGGACGCCUGGGGCGCCAUCGCCCAGAACUCCAACAGCACCGAGCAGUUCAACCGGAACCUCAUGGAGUGCGGAGUCCUCCUCCUGCAGCACGGCGAGGAGCACCGCACCCUCGCUCUCCACCCCACGCCACCCCCGCAACCACCAACCUCCCCUCCGAAUAGGUUGAGGGAUCUUCUCCGACGCCGCAUCUCCGAUCACAGAUUAGCUCCCCCUGCUCCGAGCUCGAAUCGAAGAAUCCGUCAGGUGGACGAUCUUGAAAUGUCGCAGUGGGAUGAUCUGAGUGGAACGCGGGAGGAGGGACAGAUCGGCGACCCCCGGGACGAUGAUAUACCGACCAUCCAACAGAUCCAGGGUCAAUCCGCCUUGAAAAAUAGCCUGGCCGCGCUGUUCAGGCAGCUGGACGAGAUGCGCUUCCGGUUGAGGGACUUCUUGGAUGGCCAGAGGGUGAACUUCGAGAGUCGACUCGAUGGUUUGUGGGAUAGGUACGCGAACACGAUCAGGGCCUGGCUCGAAAGUUUCCUGGCGCGCGUGCUGGGUACAGUCACCCAGUACGCACCUUUGAUUACCAGACACCCGGGAUAGGAGUUGAAUUGGACUACAUUUUACAAUUCGGAGCUACAAUUUUUGGUCAUUUAUAAAAACUCCUAUGUCCAUAGGGAAACUAAUGGUACAUACGUUGUUUUUAAACCGAUCCAGAAAUUGUAGUUCCGAAUUGCAAAAUGAAGUCCAAUUAAUAGUCGUGACGAGAGAGGAGCAAACUUUGUAAAUGAGGUUUGAAAAACAGUGAGGUUGGGUUGACUAAUAAACCAUCGACCAUAUUUUGGAGGGAAACUUUGGUUGAAUGAAACAGAAUUCAGUUCAUGAGGGUUAUUAUCACUCGGAGUUCAGAGCCAAAGUUCAGCAAUAAUGACGGAGCUCCGUUAAGUUAAAUUAAAAUUAGGGGUCGUAUUAAAAAUCAGAGGCCGGAUUAGCGCUCAAGGUCCGGAAUUGUUGACAGGUUAAAGGGUCCGCACAUUGCGGGUUGUGUACGUCGUGAAUUGAAGGCGUCCCCCGUUUCCAAGAGAACAAAAGGCCCCAGAUGCCCUCAUGACUCGCGGGUUAAUUGCGAUGAUUUGCAAUCGCAGGAAAAAUAUAAGAUACAUAGGAAAAUAUAUCGCAGAGUUGCACAUCAUAAGGCAGGUCCAUACCUAUUUUCAACAUUGUCAAAAUCAUAAAAUCUAAUUUUUUGUACUUCAUAUUUUUUACCAAUGACAAAUCGUUUAGAGGGUCUAUUCCCAAAGUCAAACUGGUGGAUCAUAUCUACUUGAAUUCCGUGAAAAUUGUUCCUCUCAUGAUUCUACGUAAAGGCCUCUUGAAAACUCCCAUUAUUACUAUAAUGAAGAGGGGGAGAAAUAGAGAAAUAGUAAAUUAUCCUGUAAGUUUUUAACUUCCAUCUAAUGACUUGCAGUUUGUCAAUUUCUUUAUCGCGGAUAAAGAGUGCACCUUACAAUUCCAUGUAUGAUAAAGUUUCAUGUGUACCAGUAAAUAAUGAAACAAUAAACAUUUUUAUUUAAUCUUAUACCUUCUCACAAGAAAGAAAUAGAAAAACUUAUAUAGAUAAGAUGUCAUCUUUUUAUCAUGUGUAAAUAUAUAUUUUAAAAAUUAAAUUCUUAACUAACUGCUAUAAACAUUCCGUAGCCAAUGCUGCAGGACUGAGCAUACAAUUCAUCAUUGUGUAUAUCUCUUAAUACAUACGUUCUUGUUGUGUAGAAUUUCUGAAAUUACUAUAUCUAUGUUUUUCAAUAAAUAAAAAAUGCCCCCGAUGAUACAUGCA